GCUCAUUGCACUAAUCAGCUGUCAACUGGUAACAUCGCAUCUGACAGCUACCAUACAAAUAGAGAAAUGUUUACAGUGUUUACAAAAUAGCCCCAAAAAUGACCUUCGAAGACCAAUUAAUUGCAAAAGUUCGUGAAAAUGAGGUCCUGUACAAUGUGAAAAAUGUUAACUACAGACGGAAAAACGAUAAGGAACGGCUUUGGCAACAGAUCGCAUAUGAACUAAACAGCUCAGUGGAAGUAUGCAAACGUCGGUGGAAAAGUUUGCGGGACAAAUUCAUCAAACUAAGCCGUGUGGAACAAUCGGCAAGAGGAACAUCGGAUGAGGAACAGCCUAAAAAGUGGCAAUACUUCGACAGCUUGACAUUUCUCCAGGGAUACAACAAAGCCUCACUCUCUACAAACAACUUCCUGGAUAAUGUGUACCUCAGCGAGGAAAGAUAUGUCGAUAUCAAGUGUGAACAUCCGCUAGCACGGCAGUUUGUGCGCGAUGACACCACGGUAACAGUCGCUGUGGAUUGCACUUCAGGGAUUGUGUCGGGCGAACGAUUCACAACAGCUGAUGCCCGUAAUCUUACGACAGUGGCACAGGACACAUUGUCACUAUCCGGUGGUACAGGAAGUAGCAGCCGAAAACGUCAGCUAGAUCUCAUCGAAUCAGAAUGCAUCAAAAUCAUACGGACGGCAGCAGAAGCCAUGCAAAUGGAAGCAAAUUCCCACAAUCGACGAAGCAGCACGCAAUUGCUCUUUGAAGCAUUAGCCCAGCGAAUCGAUGAAGCGAAUUUACCGGCCAGCCGACUGAAUGCCAUCCAAACAGCCGUCACCAAUCUGGUGUACUCGUCCUUAUGAACGACAACGGGAGGACGGGAAAAAUUAACAAAUGUGUACUGUAAAUGUGUACGUACUUUAAAUUCGGACAGGUUAACUGGAAGCAGUAACCUUCCGGUUUGCAAUACAAGACAAAGCUGCAAUAUGAUGGAAAUGUUUCGAAAGCAAACAUUAAGUAUCUAAAUUACAAAUACGUAUAUGACUUUUAAGGACGAAAGAGUUGCUCUAGUAGGGGAAACGUUGGGAAAAAAUUUCUUUCCAUUUCCCCAAGCAAACAAAAAUCUCUCUCUUUGGCUAUGGCAAGUGGCGAGGAAACGAAAUAGUAUAGAAUAAUUUUAGUAUGUUACGUUAUCUCUUAGCAAUACACGUACGCUCUUUUUAGACUGCUUAACUAUCGUUCGUAUUAACGGCUUUACUUUGACCGGAACAGGAAAGGAGUAGAAAAGAAAGCGAUGUUAGAACAUCGCUUAGGUACGUUUACUUACGCUAUUUGCUAUUCGAAUACCACAGCAGCAAACAGGUACAACGGUCUACAAAGAUAUAACGAUUACUAAAGGCAAUAAUAAAACGUAUGUUGUAUGCUUUUGAA